AAAAGAGGCUGAUGAAGCUAGUGUGCCGUUGAACGGAAAAGUGCCAAAACUGGCUGUUUCUUUCUCUCUCUCUCCUCCCGAGACUGUCUCUUACAACCGCACGUACUAAUGAUACUCUAUAAACUUGAAAAUUUCAAUUUCAAUUUCAAUUUGUUUCCUAAAUCACUAAUUUCUCUUUCUCUCUCCUCCUAAACCAACCAACAACAGAGGCCAUCAUUCAUCAAUGGCUUCUUCGGAAGAACAACAGCGAAACGACGAACCUUCUUCAGAAACCAUUCUUCACAAGACUAAAAUUAUACAGUUCUUCGGUCGUUCUACUCCAAUUAUUCUUCAAAACGACAAUGGCCCUUGCCCUCUUCUCGCCAUCUGUAAUAUACUUCUCUUGAGGAAUCAGCUGAAUUUGAAUUCAGAUAUAAGUGAAGUUUCGCAGGAGAAGUUACUUUCAUUGGUUGCUGAGAGAUUGAUUGAUUCAAAUAGCAGUGAUAGUACUAAAGAUGCAGGGUAUGUUGAAAACCAACAACAAAAUAUUGCUGACGCAAUAGACUUACUUCCAAGGCUUACUACUGGGAUUGAUGUAAAUAUAAAAUUCCGUAGGAUUGAUGAUUUUGAGUUUACUCCAGAGUGUGCAAUAUUUGAUCUUCUGGAUAUCCCAUUGUAUCAUGGUUGGUUAGUUGAUCCUCAGGAUCGUGAGACUGCUGAUGCAAUUGAUUCAAAAUCUUACAACACUGUUAUGGGUGAUCUUGUUUCGUUGGAAACAUGGAAGAUGGAAAAUGAAGGCAAGGAUAAAUCUGAUGAAGAUUGCAUUGACUUUGCAGCGGCAACUACUGCAACCUUGGGGGUUCCUUCACCUAGUCUUUCCAGGGGUAAAUCUUUCGAAGAGUCCCCACGUUCCAUUUCUGAUCAACAUACACUAAAAAAAGGAGAUGCUGAGGAAGAGGCUCAGCUUUUGGAGGUGUUAAAAUUAUCUGUGAAUGAUUUACCAUCUAGAGAAGCAAUCUCUGCAGGUGAUGUGCUGAUGCCUUCUGAUGUGAAUGUGCAUGUGUUGAACUCGAUUCCUGUUAAUUCUGUACAUGUAUCAGAAGAACUUGGCAGUUCUGGGCCUCUAAUUGUGGAGCCUUCUGUAUCAGGCAGUCACAAUGUGCAUGGAAAUUCUGACAGGAAUAUACCUUUAUCUGAAGAGCAGGCUGCUUCUCCCACCUUGGCGGAUGAUACUCAUGAGAGGGAAAAUCACAGUGAUCAGUUAAUUAGUGUUCAACUUGGAGAAGUUCCCUUGUCAAACGAUUUGGCAAAAUGCACUAGUGACACACCAAUUCUUAAUGAAGCUACACCUUCCUCUCCAGCAAAAGAUACAGUACAUGAUCAAGAAGUUGAAAACUUCUCUACUCCUGUCAUGAAUUCCACUGGAGGGUUGUAUAAACAAAAUGUAGAAGAAAAUUCUGGUGUUGCUGCAGGUCAUGCUGAUUCUGAGUCUUCUAGUGGCGGAAAGCCCAGCAUUGAAGCAGUUGAAUCCUUUACGUCAAGUCUUGAUGGUAGUGAACCUAUAUAUGAAGGGGAGGAGUGUAUACUGGAUCCAGGGAAAACAGUUUGUGGAGAUCGAGAACCUGUCUACGAAGGUGAGAUGGUUUUGGCUGAACAGGCUGAUAAAGGAAUCAAAGAUACUUAUGAUGCGAGCUCAAAGGAGGAAAUCUCACCUAGACAGGGGGAACUUAUCAGCAACUUCCUGAAAAGCAAUGCCAGUCAGUUGACCUUUUACGGCUUAUUUUGCUUGCUAGAGGGUCUCAAGGAGCGAGAACUUUGUGUUUUCUUUCGAAAUAAUCACUUCAGCACGAUGUUUAAGCUGGAAGGCGAGCUCUAUCUUUUAGCUACUGAUCAGGGAUACAUGAAUCAGCCCGACCUAGUAUGGGAAAAGUUGAAUGAGGUCAACGGAGAUACACUGUUUAUGACUAGUAAUUUCAAGGAAUUCAGGCUGGAAAGCAGUUCCAAUGGUACAUGGGAUCAGCAGAAUGCUGUAGCUAAUACUGCUGAUUACCUGGCUAGCAUUGAUAGCUCUGCAGCGGAUGGCUCAAACAUGAAUUCUGAUCUACAAUUGGCGAUAGCUCUGCAGCAGCAGGAGUUUGACCAACAACAGCAGCAGCAACAGCAGCAACAACAGCAGCAGCAGCGGAACCCCCCUCAGCAAGUCUCUGGUAUUGGCAAUUCAGGGCUUGUUACAGGUCCUCAGGUUUCUAGAAGCAGCGCGAGAGCAACAUCAUCGACUCCAAGGCAAGAUCAAAAAUCGAAAGAUAAGUGUAAAAUCAUGUGAAAUUUUGUGGUGGGGAGUUUGUCAAAUUACAAUAAGUGUAAAGUUUGUGUUUGUAACUUGUUUAUAGCAUCUCAUGCUCUAAUACUACAAAUUCCCCACCUGGAUUGAUUUUGGAUCAUGAAUAUCUGCUUUUGGAUUGUAAAUAAUGAUGGUAUAAUAUCGCCAGUUCGCCAUAGGUCUUGCAAUGUGAAUCAUAUACUUUUGUAAUCUCUAGUUUCCAUUUCUUGAGGUCUCAUGUAUGGGUCAUUGGCUGCUUUUCAGCACGAUUUUGGAGGUUUUUUUAGAUUGGAUUUUAGUUUCUGUAAUCUAAUUUCUUUUUGUCACGCUAGAUUGUAUAUGAAUGUUAAGCCAACACUUAAUUGUUGAAGAUUUCUUAUC